AUUGGCAGAAUGCUCAAUGAGCAAAUUGUUCGACUUCUUUCGUUGAUGCACAUUCAUCCGCCGUCGGCAAAAGAUGCCGCUGGGGGUAACAGUAUUGUCAAAAGGCUGAAGUUUGGAAAAAAGAGAAACUCUCCAAAAUUCGGAAAUUUGCCAGAAUCAGUAUGGGAUAACAUUCUGGACAACUUGUCUCCAUUCGAGCGAGUUAAAAUGCGUCGAAUCAAUCACAAGAUCAAAAACGUAGUGGAUAAACGUCGAAAACGUGUCCUCUACGCAGAUUUUCUACGUACUGACGUUGACACAAUCCUUCCGCCGGAAACUAAUGGAGACGGUGACUUUUUCCGUAUGCCAAAAACUCCAAGAAUUGUUGUGCACGAGGAAGCACGUAGUAUCCUAAUAAUUGUUGAUACUCAUUGGACAGUCAGUGACGCAGUCAAAAUGAUGGCUGCAAUUCGAUAUUAUGGAGAAAAUGCACACACUGUUACGCUUGAUGCCUCUCUCGCUGAGCUCUGUGUAGCUGCUCAAUCAACAAAUGACAUUGCAUUCUGGUUUGCUUUCCAAUCAGCAAGUGGAACUUCUGAUCCAGUAUGUCAGUCGUCAAAGGCUCCAAGAUGGGUCCCUGAUGAUUUCCGUGUCAGAAGUGUACAAUCAUAUGAGCAAGAUCAGUUGACAGCCUACUCCCAAUGGUCUCCAAGAACACAAGUUAUUCCAGUUGGCCCCCUGUUUCCAAAAGCAACCGAGAUAACAAUCCGUGCUUCGGUUCCACAACUUCGUCGUCUUCGUCGUUUUCCUGUCUACCGUAGCCCUCUUCACCGUUGCUUUAUGGAUCCAAACAAUCUUCAUAUUCUUCGUCUCGUCGUCUCUAGUAACAAUUCAUCUGGUCGUAGAGGUCGACAAGUGGCACAAUCUCUGAAAAUGGCUCCAUUUUUGAAAUGGGCAAAUGCUCAGCGAUUGGCUCACAGAUUUUCUGUACAAUUUGUAUAAUUGAAUCAUCAUGACGUUUUUUAUGUUUUGUUUUGCUACGGGUACUGUUUACUUUGACGAUUUUCUCUGAAAUGCAAUUCUUCUCAAAUGUAUUCUCAAACAACCAAAACAAUAUUUUGAUCGUCGGGUUCGUUUUUUUUGUAACUCUGUACUUCCCCUUGUGAUCUUGAUGUGUAGAAUUUGUUAAUUUGAAUUAAAUAAUAAAUAAAUGAUGUGAUC